AUGGAGGAAUUCUUCAACAAGGUUGUGGCAGUCCAUUUCAAAUCGGCAAGCCACGAUGAUAGGUACCGUUCUUGGUUAUAAGAUUUAUUGAAUCUUACCAUGAGUUUCCAUUUAUUAGAUUGAAGCCCUAUUUUUGUUUGCAGACGAUCCGCUGUACGCAUUAAUGUCGCUUUCCGUGCAAGCUCUUCACCAUCGAACAAGGUGCCGUAUUUUAACGUAUGGUUCACCAAACACAGCUUAACACAUACUCUCAUACCUUUUAAGUUGUUUAGCUCUCCUUUUUGUGCAUUUUCAUUACUGGUCACUUUAAUUCAUCGGGAAUUGUGAUAGAAAAACAUUGCGUUCAACUCAACGUGCAUGUUUCGAAGCAACUAAGAUUGCAACUUAAAGCUUUCAUUGUCUUAUUUACAGGAACUGUUCGUCCGAAUCACUGAUGAAGAGGAUUUGUUUUUCCUAUACAAUUUAGCUCUAGGGGAAAGCGAUUUCCAUACGUAAGUCAAUUACAGUAUUGUUUUCUGACAAAGAAUUUGAGCCUAUUUGUAGCCCAAAAAGUUUAAUCACAGCCACGUUUGUUAACUUAAACAGGCUAAAAACUCAACAAGGGCUUUUAGUUGACUUCUGUGCCUUCCCGCAAAAAUUUGUCGAUCUGCUGGAGCUAUGCCGUGAUGAGGAACAACGUGACCAUCCUAAGUAAGUUUGAUUUUCUGUAUUGGUAAAAGUACAUGCACGACAAAAAUGAGUCUAAACUUAUAAAAAUGUAAACAAAGCAGAAAAAAUUACUUGAUACUCUUGUUUGAACUUGUAUUAAGCCUAUUUAUCCCUUUUCUGGCUUUGUCAGUGCUCCUUUUUCCAAUUAAAAAUAAAUGCUGAAUACCAACACUUACGACACAUUCAGACUAAUAUGUGCAUGCGUAGCAAUUUUAUACUUUCAUACUUUAUCAAUUUUGUUGCAUUUCUUAAAUAGUGCUAUACUCGCAGAUACAAGCUCUAUCGAGCUAUUCUAAAUGCGAGUUUAAAUAAAGUUAUAUGUCAUGAUCAAGGGUUAGCUUCAAUCCAGUGUGAAUUAAGCAGUAGAAAACGUUUUCCGUGUUUGCAUCGCCUGAUAUAAACACAAGAGGGGUUGGGAGAAUUUGAGACUGUCAUACAAACCCGAGACAAAGUCGAGGUUUUGCACAACUGUUGAGAAUUCUCCCAACACCUCGAGUGUUUAUAUCAGGCUAUGCAAACUGAGGAAUACAGUUUUCUAUUGCUUUUAUAGAAUAACUUUCCCGAGAAAAAAUGCAAAAUUCUUUGUAUGGCACUGAUUAAAAAAGAAAUUCUUACCAGUCACCAAGUCUUGUCCACAAAGUCUUGCACGUGUAAUCAGUUCUUGUUUUGCAAAAAGAUGCUUUCCAAAAUACUGACAUUUCUCGCUUAAAAUGUCAGUUUAAGCAAAAAAAUUGACACACCUUCUUUGUAACAAUUUUCCAAGUUUCAGCUGACAAAGAAAUGGCUAUAAAUAACGUAGAAUUGUCGCGUUUAUCACUAGGGAUAUGUGUUUCCCAGGUGGGGGAACACAUAUCACUAGGGAUAUGUGUUUCCCAGGUAGGGGAACACAUAUCACUAGGGACAUGUGUUUCCCAGGUAGGGGAACACAUAUCAUUAGGAAUGUGUGUUUUCGAGGUUCUUUUGCAUAUAUCUUACUAUGACUGGGAUAAAGAAAAUCAUUCUCUAUACUGAGGACUUCGUUAUUUGGAGGUUCGUUGUAUUGAGAUUCCACUGUACCAUACAUACAAUUUAUAUCUAACCCUUAUGCCUGUAUUGCUAUCUUACCAUGGUAAUGGCCUUUACCCUGUGAGCAGAGGCUCUUCCAUUUUUUACUUAUCUAUGAACCUUGAGGGGGCCUCUGCUUGCAGGGUAGAUAGUAUACUGAUGUGCUUGAAAUUCCUUGAUGUUCUUGCCUUGAAAACUCAUGGUAAACUUGCUGUUUGUUUUUGAACCUAGGUUUCUGUUACAGUUUGUUGUUGGAAGUGGUUUGGAUCAAGGUAUUGCUACUCUUCAUGUUGUAGAAACCAAUCCAUUCAAACACUUGACCCACCUGUCUCUAAAGUUUCUUCCCGGGUCAGAUGCAGAAGUUAAGAAGUAUCUUGCAGACUGUCUCAAGCAUUUACAGGUAAAACUACAUUUAUUAUAAUAUCAGGGUUCUUAUUAAGCUUAUUAAGUUUUAAAGUAGACAGCCCGGAAGUAAAAGUAUUUGGUUUAGCAAUCGAGUGCUGAAGGCAAUUUAAGGCUCUCACUCCCUCACUUAACCCUUUCCCCUCCAAAUGAGGACGGCUCAAACCUCGAAGUAGCUGGUUUUUUGGGCGGUUGCAGACACUUUAUGGGAACCCUGUAAUGUGGCUGACUCCAUGAAGUGGGCUGAAAGGUUAAGCAAAUUUGUGUCCCAAUUACCUCUGGCUAAGGAUUUCCCACUGAUUUGUUCCCACAAGAAAACAUUUUCUUUUAGUCUUAUCAGGGCUGGAAAAAUGUCCUGUCCCAUCAUCUGGGAGAGGUGGAUUUUCUUGCUGGGCAGGUAACGUUUAAAGCUUGCUUACCCAAUAAGCAAGGGUCCAGGCAAAUCAUCCUCUAACAAAAUCAUUCACUAAAACGAGUAAGAAGUUGCCCUGGGCGAGAAAAAUGUGACAGCUGCUUGCACAAGGACCAGCUGGUAUUCAAGUUUUUUUAUAGCCCGGCUUUAUGAUAAAUCUGUCAUUGACUUGGCUUGUUCGGUCAUGCUAGAUGCAUUAUUGACAUAGUAAGAACUUAUAUCAUGAUAAUACAAAUGUAUGUAACUCCUGCGUCUGUUACAGGAUGAAAAGCAGAUGCUAGAAAGACGUCUUGCCAGCACAGAGGCUGAUCUUCAGCAAAAGCUAAACAGCUGUCAAGAGGUACUUCCUUUUUUUCCUUGGAGUCAUCAUGAAAUAUCUUGAGAAAGAUAAAUUUUUCUCUCUAUACAUGUAGUGUUGCAGUAAACAUUUUACAAGUGUCCUGGGAUGUGACAUUUCAACAUAUUUAGUUGUGUUAUAUUACAUUUCUUUUAUUAGGUUUUAUGGGAGAAGGUUUAUUUAACUCACCACCACGCAGAGUGUUCAUUAGGUAUUGGAGAUCAGAGAAUUCUCCGUUUAUUACGCAGAAUUCUCCCAUUAAAGUUCGGUAGCCUAUGACUAUUUUUUUAUUCAGACGUGGAGCAUCUUUCAAAAUAUUCUCCUGUAACAUUACACCUUUCUCCUGCUACUAGAAUUCUUAAAAAAAAUGAAAACUUUGACCAUGUGAUUGACAUUAGAGUAUUGAUUCCUUUACGUGUGUUUAAGUGAGUGGAUUAAUUUGUGGUAAUGUUUAACAGAAUAUUGUUCAUAUAAGGUUUUAUUGUGCAUCGUUCCUGACUGCAUGUUUGCAUGUUAUUUUGGGGCUCCAAAAGAUGUGUGUAAUAAAAUUUUGUAACCACCAUAAAAGGGACAGGAGUUACUUUCUUUUAGAGGGGUUCAUCUGCUUUGUAUUCCAAAGUUUUAACCUCAAUUUUAUGUUCAUAAAGGUUCUUGCAAUCAAAACAAGGGAACUGAACUCAGUACAAUCUGAUUGCUCUGCAAGAUCAUGUCAGAUGGAAAACAAACAUGCUCAAGAACUGACUGCUGAGAGAGAGAAAGCCCUUCAGGUAUUGAUUUAAUUAUCAAAAUGGUAGAACGAUUUUCGUAUGACCUUGAAAUGAAAACGCGCGAACAAAACAGAAACAACAAAAGAACGGAAAUAGAGCGAUUUGAUUGGUUUAUCGAACGGAUACAAACGCACCUUUUGGUUGGUUAAGCGAACGCUCGGCUGAAAAAACUUCAUGCCCGAAGAACCUUCUAGAAAUCGCUUUGACGUCAUACUGCAACACGAUUGGUCAAUCGAACAAUGCCUUCUCCAUAUUAGGGUUUUCUUUGGCGGGAAAACGAAGAGUCCAUGUUUUGUUCUUUUCAACCAUUGGCUGACAAAACAACUAACGAACACUUACCGAAACCAUUUUUCAAGGACGUACGAAAAUCGCUCUAUCUCAGUCUUUGUUUACAAAUUGUCCAUUUUUUUUAUCGGUUUUCUUUGGUUUCUUUUGUGUCAAGAUGGUCACUGAGAACCAGCAGAAGUUUGAGAAAGAAAAGCGAGAGAUUGAACAAAGUCGCCACACACAGGUAAUGAAACAUUACAUGUAAAAUUAAAUUAAAAUAUGCAUUCUUAUAAAGGAUUUGUUUUUUCUUCUGAAUGUCUCAAAAUAUCAAUUUUUUUUGUAGAUCGUGAAACUUGAAGCCAGACUCAACGAUGUGGAAAAUUCCAACCGGGUAACUAGCACCAGUUCAUCAAACUUGCGUAUCCAUUUCUGUCAAAUGAGCAUAAGAAAUUAAUGAAUAACUCACCUAGCGUCCUCUUGAUGAAUAAGACAUACCUCUAGCAAGUUGUGAAAAUCGCCACCUAGGGUGUACUUGAUUAGUAUUGGCUGGCUACUCUGCUUAACAUUUCCUUACGGAUGGCGUUUUUCAAAUAAAAUAUCCCUGGACUGGCUGCUUACUUUGGCAACUCAACCGUCUACUUCAAAACUUUCUGACAACCCUACCUCUAGGUCUCCUUUGCAGCCGUUCCUGCUAAAGUCACAGAAAGAAAUGGAGAAAUGCAUGAAUUUGACCUGAGCAGCUGUUAAGGAGAUUAUAUCCUCCCCCAAUGGCUAGUUUUCAUUUUCUAGCUGGCACGGUGCCUUUAGUUUACCUGCUAUGGAUUUACUCAUUGAUUUUGUAAAAAUUGUCUAAGUUAUUUUCAUGUUUAAUACAACAGGACCUUACUCAAAAGAAAUACCAGGCAGAUUCAUGUAUCAGAGACCUUAGGUCAAAGUUGACUGCUCUUGAUGAGGUAACUGCCAAGUGAACAUCUGAGUUGUAGGGUAGUGACCUGUAAACCAUAACCCUAACCUAACUAAAUAUAUAAUAACCUAAACUAACCCUUACCUGAAACUAAAUAUGUAAUAACCUAACCUAACCUUAGCCCUAACCCUAACCUAAAUCCAGGAGAGAGGGCCCCCCAUUAUUUUUAGACCACACUGAGGUCUGAAGAGCUGAAAAAAAUUUUUUUGAGACUCCCCCCACCCCGCGCCCCUUAUCUCAGGGUCGGAGAAAUCAUGAAUGCAUUAUUAUUAUAAGCUUACAUGCUUAUUACAAGAUCUAGGGUAAGAUUGUUGAGCACAUUAGUAAUAACUAUUUUGUUGGUUUGCUAAGUUUACUUACGUUUUUUCCUUGCUUACAGGAAUGCAAGUAUGCUAAGCAAGAACUGCAUAAACUUCGACGUGAAAAUGGUUCACUUGACUCAGAGAGACAUGAAAACAGUAAAACAGUCAGCCAGCUUCAGACAAGAGUGGCUGUACUUGAACAGGAGCUUAGAGACAAGGAACUGGUACUGAUAAUAGCCUUUUUGUAGAACACAACAAGCGCACCUUAAGAAGAAAAAAACAACAACUUUUCAAAGUUUCGCCUGUAGUAAUUACGUUCCAAAACCCUCACCUUAAAAAAGUGCAAUGGCUUCGCCCUUAAUCUCGCUUUGAAACAGAGGCUUGUGGCAAAAUUCUUUUUCGCGUUGUAGGGGAGGGGUGGGGGAGAGGAGUACAGUAGGGCUAUACCUCGUUUGGAUGCAGCGCUAGGCGUUCAACUCAGUGGUUCCCGCCGAAAUUUUUUUUAAUGCCUAUAGGAAUAUUCUUUGACAUACAUUUAUUCCCAAAGCUGAAAGUUAUUCACUUUCCUUUAUCUUGUUAUCUUGUGAAGGUUAUAACACGGACAAACGAGCUAAUGGAGAAUUCUAGUGAACAGCGCAGAAAACAAGAAAAGAUAUUGGAAGAAAGGCUCGAACAGAUUAACAAACUUGAAGCGACAGUUAAAUCUGUGUCUGCUGAGGUCAUCAAGGUAUACCACACACUAUUUCUUCACUGUUUUAUGAUGAACAGUUUUUCUUCAUCGCUGGUCGAUUUUGUAACAAAUUUAAGAUUAGGCCUGAAACCGAUAAUUAUUAGGUUUGUUUAAGCUCCAGUAAAAACUUCGCUCGACAUUAUCUUUAAAAAAUGUCCAGGCUGUCCUAAUAGAGUUUCAGUUUUCGGUUUUUUGGGCAAUUUUCGAAAAAGGGACAACUCAUACUUGGAUAUUUUUGCUUCCAGAACUGGUGCGCAAUGAAUGUUGAAAUUUCGGGAUAACCUAAUUAGAUUGUACAACUUUACUUUGAUUUUGGUUGUUACAAACGUGUCAAAAUUCCCUCAUUUUGUUAAGAUACCCUUUUACUUUUCUUACUCUUCAGGGAAACGAAAUAAUCCACAGGCUUCAGUCUGAGCUGCGAACCAGCAAAUCAAAGGUAAAAUAUUCCUUCUCGCCUAAGAGUUACACAGUAUAGACUCUCUCCGAUUAGCAACAAAUAGUUUUCAACUUGGGCUUCAAGUAGCUACGAUAGUAACGUUAAGAAAGCGUCACUAAAACAAUUGGCCUUCCUUUGAAUAACUUGUCUUAUUCGGCUAAUAUAAUUGCCCGGAUUAUGAAUUGGUUGGAAUGGUUAAGGGUGGUACGCAAGAAACGUUGGAGCGAGUUUGUGCCACCCCACCCAAUUAUAAGCAAAUCUGUCAAGAAAAGGCAGUGCAGCGAUCUACACUGGUGUCACUCGUUUUGCAAAAGAUAAAACUUGAUCUUUUCAUUUUGUUGCAGAUGAAACUAAAAAAUGUUGUCACCACAAAACAAGAAAAGCUUCUGCUUGAAAAGGUAACAUGAUUUGGUGAGGGGAAUAUGAAGCGACUCAAGCCUGAAAAUAGGCCCAAGUGGAGUUUAUAGCGAAUGUACUUCUUACGACUAUGGUAUCUAUCUCUUUGUUUAGGAAACAGCCCUUGAAAAAUGUCAGCAGGAAAAUACCAGCUUACAGACCACUGUGAAAAGUAAAGAGGAGGAGGUAUUAAACGUUUACUUCAAUUAAUAUAAUUUCACGAGACGCUGAUGAGGUAGAGGUUUAUAUAUAUAUAAAACUGUUUACAUACAGCAACAAGUUAUUACGAGAGUUCUUACGAAAAGACGAAGAAGGUAACGCCAACAACGCCCCAAAAUCAAUGGAUUCAGAAAGCAAAGCAACUCCGUGUUCAUCAGUCUUUUUGACACGCUUCUUCUUCGCCGUCUUUGGCAUAACUACUGCGUGAAAAUUGUAUCCUAAACGUUAACAGACAGACUACUUUCUUCUCUUCCUGAACGUGAAUGCGCAGCGAUAACUAUACUUCCUUGGUGUCGUUUUCAUUGCCUUCGUUGUCUUAGUAAGCUAAUCUUUCAACUCAGCCGUUUAUUCCUUCGCACUCUCUCCUGAAUCGUUUUUCAUUUUGGUGACUAAAAAUGUUGAUUUUAACUGCAAAUAUAGGUUAAGAAGCUAACAGAGUCACUUGAAACGACAACGGGGAAACUUGAAGAAAGCAAACAGCUUUUGAAAACCAACGAAAAUGGUGAGAAGAACAAAAAUAUUUAAAAAAACUCAUGUAUCACAGGGUAAAAGUAGAACAAAGCUAAGUUACUUAGAAUGGUGCUGUUUUACGCGUCACGUUUCACCAGGGACCACACGAAUUUAGAAGCGAGAAGGGAACUGGAACUGAAAUUCGUCUUGCAAUUGCUUCUGGGAUAGUUACUGGUGACGCGCCGAGCAGUCAUUGGCCCAUUUUUUUCCCGGACCCCAGAUAAAGUCCCAGAAGUCUUUGCGAACGUUAGCUCGGCCCAGUUUCCUUCUGGUGACAAAAGUGGCGAAUUGACGCUUACGACUGACCUGUUAAUAUAAGAGAAGCAAGGUUUUAGCCAGAAGGGUGUCCAGCCAUCCUAUGGGCGCCCGUUUUGGUAGAAAUACAAGGAAAAUUCACUUAAUAUUUUAUAAUUUUAUGGGAAAACAUGCCUUCUGGACGGCCAGUUUUCAAUGUCUGGCGAAAAGCCUGAAUAGAAGCACUGAUUUGGUGUAUACGCUAUGCUGAGCAGUAGGUUGUGCGACAGAAAAGGGAAUCGCAGGACCUGGAGAUAAGUUAAUUGGUGACUAAUUUAAAAGGUGAGGGUGCAAUUCGAGAUCAUUACAAAAUCACGAUUACAACAUUGCUUUCACAAAUGCAAUCGGAGUCCCUUUGUUGUCGUUCAGUAUUUGUGUCAACUUCGGAAAUUCGAAAGCCGCCCGACACGCCAUCUUCGGAAAUUUUCGGCAGUUUUUGGAUCGAUUUCGGACGUUUUUGGAUACUUGGGGCACUUUCUUUCAAAGUCGUAGACGGAAAUCGCUGUUGAACUUCGUUUUACGGUCAACUGUCCAGCAAAUUCCCCUCUGAAGGUUAAUCUCAACACAUUCUUGUUAUUUUUAGGUAACAAUUCUCAGACUAGUCUGUUUUAUUACAGUAAUUAACUGGCUGAACAAGCAAAUGAAUGAUCAGAUGAUGUCCCAGCAACGACUUGGACCUUUUGAAAUGAAUACAAAGACCGUGUCUACUCGGAGACCUCCUUUGGCUCCAUAUAAUAAGGUAACCUCUGCUUCGCUUGCGUUUUAUACGAACCCUGCACAAUUUGGAGCUAUUGUGACUUAGCGGUUGAUGUUACUGGUUUCAGGUUCCAAGCUCUACUACUGGAUCUAGUUCCACUGUAAACAGAACAGACAUUCCUCGUUUUACUGAACCAACUCAGGUAAUGUAUGAACCGGUCGGGUCUGUAUACACUAAGCGACAUGUCGCUACAACACUUCGCGGUGACAUACCACUCCGUGAGUACAGGUCGGGCGAUAGGUUGCUGCAACAAGUUGCGCGACACGUUACAGCGACAAAUCGCUUAGUGUUUACUGGAGAAUUUAUGUGAAAAUCUUUGUCUACGCAACAGCAUUUUAUCGCCGUAACAAGUUGCGCGAAUUCAGGUGAGUCUGAUUUGAUUUUGAGCGACUCGUUGCGGCGACAAAAUUCUGUUGCGGAGACAAAGAUUUUCGCAAAAAUUCUCGAUUUGUCGCCGCGACGUGUUGCUGCAACGUGUUAGCUAGUGUGUUCCGCGGGCCUUAAGUAUCGUACCAGAUUGAGUAUCACCUGUCCCAAAUCGUAAAGAGAGGUGGAAUGGGUACAGUCAAAUGGACAGGCACUCCUCUCAACUCCCGAUAUUUUCCGAAGCCAAGAUGGCCCCUUGAAGAAGGUUUAAAAUAAAGUUGCGGCCUUCGAAAUACACCCGCGGCAAUCAAGACUAUGAUAUUGACUUUUUACCAAUCUGUUUUGUUACCAAUUCACUCUGCUUCCCUUUGAGGCCAAUUCGCGUAGGUAUUGUUAAUAGUGUGCCGUUUUUACUUGUAUGAAUGUUCCACCAGUCUUGUUCAUGUUGAAGAUUUCUUUUUUGGUUUGUCAGCAACAUCACUAUUUAAGAUUGGUUGCCUUGGCUUUUAAAGUGAUCUCUUAAGUGAUACAAAUGUAAACUAAUGUUCACUUGACUUUACAGGUUUCAUACAGCAAGCCAGGACCCCGCCCAGGCCUGCUACCCCAUCCAGUGGGGCAGUCAACCCCUAAUAUACCAUCAGGAGCCCUCUCAACAGGGGGUGUCACCCCUCUCAGCCGUCCUCUUACCAUAACCGGAAGUAGCAGCAUUACAAACAGCAGUGAGCCCAUACUUGACGCUAAAUACUUCCAUCCCACCGGAAGUGGAGCCAACUCUCAGAAGCCUCGACCCGAGCCGCCACUUAUGUCUGCUUAUUUCCCAAAACCGCGUGGUACAUUACCUACCACGUGAUGUCCACGUGAACAACACAUGAACGUUUUGACGUCUCAUUUAAAAAAAUGACACGAGAAAUUUCUGUUUAUCCCGUUGAAUGAGAUAUGGCAGAUACCGAAAAUGACAGGAACAUUCUGCAGUAUUUAAGACGAACUGACGAUAGCCCGAAAUAAACAUUUU